AUGGGAGGGCUAGGGAUGGAGACGUCUCCGCUUCCUCAGCCAAAUCCAAAACCCUCAUUUGCCUCUGCUUUUAUGGAGGAUUCCCCGGUUAAGUUUGCAAUUGAUGAUCUCCCGAUACCGUUUGUGGAAAACGGUGUUGUUUCAGUUCAGAUCUCAGAGGAGUCCUACCUUCGUGGACUUCAACGCUGUAAGAAUAAUCUCAUUGGUCGUGUCUUUGUCUACCCUAACUCAAAACCGCUGAAGGCCCAUGAUCUGGUACAUCAGCUCAAGGGGAUUCUCCCUCCUCUUAAUAACUGGACAGUGGCUCCUCUUGGGAAGGGAUUUUUCAUGCUGCAGUUCCAGACUCUAAUUGAUAUGCAACGCGUUUGGGCUUUAGGUUCGCUGAAAUUGCAACAGGGGCUACUUAGGCUAAUCAAAUGGACGCCUAACUUUUCCCCAUCUCGGUACAAAAACACGUUCGCUCAAGUCUGGGUCAAGUUUUGGGAUUUAGGGUUUGAUUUUUGGGAGGACCAGACUCUCUUUGAAAUCGCUAAUGGGGUGGGUACUCCAUUGAAGAUUGAUCCCCGUACAAGAAACCGUACGGUGGGGCUAUAUGCUAGCAUAUUAAUCGAUGUUGACUUCUCUAAACCAUUACAGACACACAUUAGUGUGAACAGAGUUGGAGGUGAAAAAGUUCUGGUAGGAGUGGAAUAUGAAUCCGUUCCUGAUCUUUGUUCUUGUUGUGGUAUAAUUGGCCAUGCUGCUUCCACGUGCAAAUCAAACCCUAACUUGACCCAGGUUGAGCCAGGUUUGCAUGGUGAUAACAUAAGAGGCAGAAAGACUGAGCGUUCCAAGCAUGCUAGGCGAAGACGUACUACUUCUAAUCGUCGUCCUCAGCUACAAAUGCCCAACACUUCUGAUGUUGGGAAACCUCAGUUGGAAGGUGCUACUGAUGUGGGGAUUGACAUCCAAAAGGAACCCACUACCGACGCUAGCAAUGCUAACCUUGGUUGGUAG